AUGACAUCCAUUGGUACUGGUUACGAUCUUUCCAACUCCGUUUUCUCGCCAGAUGGUCGGAAUUUCCAGGUGGAAUAUGCAGCCAAGGCGGUCGAGAAUGGAGGAACAGCUAUCGGUAUCAGAUGUAAAGAUGGUGUCGUGUUGGCUGUAGAGAAGAUAAUCACGAGCAAGCUUCUGAAACCGGGUGCGAACAAGAAGAUAGCAACAGUGGAUCGCCAUGUUGGCAUUGUAUCAGCCGGACUCAACCCCGAUGGUCGUCAUUUCGUUGCCCGAGCCAGGGACGAAGCCUCGUCUUGGAGAAACGUAUACAAGGCGCCCGUACCGACCUCGGCGCUUGCCAACCGCCUUGGAAGCUAUGUUCAAGCCUUUACACUCUACUCUAGCGUGCGACCAUUCGGCGUGACAUCUAUCGUUGGAGGCUGGGACUCCGAAGGUGAGUUGGCUGUUGACGGCCAAGUCGGAACUGGUCCAAAGUCGGGAGCCGGUGGAAAGGUCGAAGGUGCUAAGGCCGGUGGGCCUGGGCUAUAUAUGAUUGAACCCAGUGGGCUUUAUUGGGGUUACUAUGGCGCCGCCACCGGAAAGGGAAGGCAAGCCGCGAAAGCCGAACUUGAGAAAUUAGACUUGGUUUCCGGUAACUUGAGCCUGGUCGAUGCUGUCAAGGAAGCCGCUCGAAUCAUUUAUGUCGCCCACGAAGAUAGCAAGGACAAGGAUUUUGAGCUGGAGAUGACCUGGAUUAGUUCUCUGGAUGGUCCUACCAAGGGAAGACAUGAGGAAGUGCCGAAAGAACUCUUCGAGGAAGCGGAGAAUGCAGCAAAGAAAGCCUUGGAAGGAGAAGAUGAUGACGAGGACGAGGGUGCGAAGGGCACCGCCAAUGAAGGUGAACGGAUGGAGGAAUGA